AAACCUUUUUUUACCUUAACUAGUCAUUAAGUUUAUCAGUUUUCAUCUGUGUUACCAGUUCUAGGAGCCAGCAAGAAUCUGGCUUUUGAUCCGUGGAAUAUGUAACAAGCAAAAGCAGGAGAAGAUUCCCGUUGUGAUUGGCAAAAGUGCAAGUGCGCUCCAGAAUGCGCGACCAAGUUAAGAUAACGACGCCACGAUCGAAACGGCUCUCGGUCGGUGUUACUGUGCAGGCGUCGGUCACCGUUCAUGCACCGUGCGAUGCAAAAGUAUCCUUCCAUCGAUCGCCAACGAAAACUCCCGACCUAAACACCGUCCACCGGGAGUCGGGUACCUCGGCGGCUGCUGUUGGUGUCAGCAAAAGAAUGAGUCUGCACGAGAACCUGCUGAUGCGCAUCCUGUCCACUCCAAGCGAUCAGCCUCUGUACGACCGGGACGCAUCUCCGGAGACGCAGCGCACGGCGGAUGACUCGUUCGACAGUUGCUUAUCCCGCGGCGGAACUCCGGUACUCGAGCCGCUCGAUCACAGUCCUGAUGAUCAGUUGCGCUGCAACACACCACCCGCCAUCGAAGGAGGGACAGUUCAUGCGGCUAACCCACAGAUGAUGCGCCUGAUGCGCGAUCUCAACAGUCCCUCGGCAACGGCUCGCAUGCGUGCGCUGCGCGCUCUGAAAUCUCCGAGCAAGCUGAAGGGCUACGGAGCAUUCGAUGUACCGCACGAGGAACAAGACAUCAUUACGGCGGAUGAGCGCCUUGAACCGGUCCAGCGCACCAUCCAGGAGGUGCUGCGUAAUGUGUGCGUCUACGUUGAGGUACGAUCCGAGACGGACAAUCGAUCCGAUGGCAUCAAACAGCACAUCGCCUCCCUUGGGGCACGUGUAAACGAACGGCUGCUGAAAGAUACAACCCACGUGAUAUUCAAAGAUGGUUUGUUAUCGACGUAUCAGAAGGCAAAGAAAAUGAACAUUCCCGUCGUUUCGAUACUGUGGAUUGAGGCCUGCAAACGCCAUACAUGUUUGAUGAACCCGGAUGACUUUAAGAUCUCAAAUCACGACCGCUACGACAAUCCGGAACUGUAUAAGCGUAUGAGGCGCCAGAAGUCAAUGCAACCGGGAGCAAAUGGAGCAGCAGGCACCAAGAAACGGACCGUCACUGGCGGAGCGGUAACGAAGGCCAAUGCCGUGCUAUCACCCCCGACCAAGCUGCCAACGCUUCAUCGCAUCCGGAAAGAUGAUCGCUUAGAAAAGAUUUUGAAUGAAUUUGAGGCCGAAAACAAAUUCCCCAGCACCGGUGUCAGCAGUGAACCGAUUGACGAAUACGACGAAAUGUUACAAGCGGCACCGAAACGAAUGCUGGAGCGUUUUCGCAAUACACCGACCACCACCGAUAGUCCUGCGGUAACGGCCCACGCCGAUGCUACACGGUCAACAAAUACCGGAGAUGAUGGGGAAAUGGACUGCACGCCAACCGGAAUCAACGGAACGGAUCGAAGCGAAAACAUGGUGCUUUCGCGACGCGCUCUGUUCUCUGCCGGUCAUGCCACAUCAACGAAAAAUGAUAAGCCACUGACACCGGCUUCAAGAGCGCGACGUAAGACGAUCCUUUUCACUCCUCAGAUGGCCAAUGUCGAGGAAGAGGCGACCAAUAAUCGACAGGAGCAGCAAACGGCCAAAACUCCCGCUCAACAGCAGGGUACACGUUCUCGACGUAAAACUAUCGUGGCCACUGUCGGAGAUCGUAGUCACAAUGAGGAGCAGACACCGAUAGUUGUUCCAACAACCCGUACAAUUCGUACACGCCGUAGUUCGAUGCUAGCAAGCGUAGCUACGGAGAUACAAACCUUAACCCUCAAGGAAUCGUCGGUACCGAUUCCGGCUGAACCGACGAGCAGACGAGACCGUCGCAAGACGGUCGCAUUUGGUAACGAUGAAAACACACCUCCACACACUGCGGUGGCGGUCGGUCUCAGUUCUAUGUCGCGCCCGAGCACCAAAUAUAACACCAUAUGCUCACCAAAGGACAUGGACGUAUCGAGCGUUCCGAACACUGCCAUACCGGCCGGCGUUUCCAGUUCCCUGGGGAGUACUUUGGACCGUUAUCAAACCGGAUCCUCAUCAAUGAACGUGUCAGAGUCGGAGGAGGUUCGAAGAAUGUCAGAGAAAACAAAGCCUACUACUGAGAGCGUUCAAAAUUCAUCACGAAUGUCCAUAUCAACCACUAGCGGAUCAGUUCAGAACCGCAGAAGAACACUCUUCACCCCUGGCGUUGCUAGCGAUACGUUCAUGGAAGCACUGGAAGUGAGUGAGACUCCUCCGUCGAACUCAUCGUUACACACCAAGACACGGCCCAGUUCGGCCUUCUUGCAACACGGCAAUGGAAGUAGCAUUUUGCAUCGUCCUAAGCCUACUUCGAACUCAACUCCAAAAGAACCCUCUGCGAAGACUUUGCUCGAAGAGUAUCAAUCUUCGCUACGGUUCAGCUCGACGCGUGCCCCAGAUCGUCGCCGCCAGACCGUAUUUGACAUCACGAUGGAUAUCGUGGAUCAGCGGCUUUCGGAGAUCAAUCGACGUGCUGCCGCGACGGCACAAAGAAGCUCUCCCGAGAAAUCAUCUUCCUCGUCUGGCUCAUUGCUCGCCCCUGCCCAGGACGCUCUUCGUAGUCCUCCAGUACAGCAAACCGCAAUCACUGAAUACUACUGGAAGGCCACUAAAUCGAUCGAAAAGAUGAAUAAACCCCGUGAACUGAUUACCAGCAACAAUAGUAACAGCAGUGCCAGCGAGGCAGAAAGUGCUUCGGGAACGACGGAAGCACAACCACGCCGCCGGAAACUGUUUAAUGUACAAACACAAGAUGUUCUGUUCGGAGACAAACCGCUACCAGCUAGAGUGGCCACACCGAAAAGACGCUCCCUGGCACCGGUGCAAAUGGAUAGCGAUGCAUCGGUCGCUUCGGCCAGCGCCAAGAAGCGACGCACGACGAUGCUAUUCCAGUCACCGUUUGAAGCAACCCAAACAGUUACCGUGAAGAAGCAGCCAUUUCAACCCGGUCGUGGACUGCCCUCGAUGGCCGCGACACAAAAUUCUGCAGUUGUCGGACCACGCCAGUACCUGGCCACGACAAAUCUUCACACCGAGCAGAGCACCUUUCUGAAGGAGGCCAUCGGUACGCUCGGUGGAGGGUUCAUCCUGGAGACAGAUGUGACCGCCAAUACGACGCACCUCGUGACGCUGGAAGCGCGCCGUACCAUUAAUCUGCUGCGUGCCCUUAUCCGUGGCCUGUGGAUCGUGCGGUACGAUUGGAUAGUGGCAUCGGCCACCGCAGGCCACUGGCUACCGGAGGAACAGUAUGAAUUGCGUGACUUUUCGCCCGCAAUCCAGGCCAACCGGAGUGAACGGCAGGCAUUCGGUAAGCACUACCGGAGUGACCUGUUUGCCGAUUAUGGGCCCUUCUGGAUCUCAGCACGCUGCACCGUCCCCCCAGGCCAACUGCGAGAGCUGCUCGUGCUCUGUCACGCCAAAGUGACGGGGAACCGUGGAGAGGCACGGUAUCUGAUAGUCGAAAAGGACGGUACCCAAGAUUAUCGAGUAAAUGGGCAGCAAGUUUGUGUGGACGCUCUUUGGAUUCUCGAUAGCAUUACCAUCAAUAAGGUAAAGAAGCUAUCGUUAAAGUAUCGCAUAGAGCGGUAG